CAGCGGGUGGGAUUUCCGCAAUAUCAAGUAUGGCGAAGACAUACGAUUAUUUGUUUAAAUUACUGUUAAUCGGAGAUUCUGGUGUCGGGAAGACAUGCGUGUUGUUUAGGUUCUCAGAGGAUGCAUUUAACUCCACAUUCAUCUCCACCAUAGGAAUUGACUUUAAAAUUAGAACAAUAGAACUAGAUGGCAAGAAGAUAAAGUUACAGAUAUGGGACACAGCAGGACAGGAGCGUUUUCGAACAAUCACAACAGCAUACUAUAGAGGAGCAAUGGGUAUCAUGCUAGUCUACGACAUCACCAAUGAAAAGUCCUUUGAAAACAUCAAGAACUGGAUACGUAACAUAGAGGAGCAUGCAUCGGCUGAUGUUGAGAAGAUGGUCCUUGGUAACAAAUGUGACAUCAAUGACAAACGGCAGGUGUCCAAAGAAAGAGGAGAGAAGCUGGCGUUGGAGUAUGGUAUCAAGUUCAUGGAGACCAGUGCAAAGGCCAAUAUCAAUGUGGAAAAUGCCUUUUUGACACUUGCACGAGACAUCAAAUCGAAGAUGGACACAAAAUUGGAGGGCAAUAGUCCCCAGGGGAAAAGCCACGGGGUGAAGAUCUCUGAGCCCCAGAAGAAGAUCAGCUUCUUCCCCUGUGCCCUACUGUGAGGACCAGACCAAGGUUUCAUCCUAAAUGGAACCCUAUUCCCUAUUUAGUACACUACUUUUGACCAUGGCUUAUAGGGCUCUGGUCAAAAGUAGUACGCUAUGUUGAGAAUAGGGUGCUGUUUGGGCCUUGCCUGCCCAUCCCUGGCUGGGGCGCUGACUAGCUGGACACAACUGGACUGUGCUUGCUCCCAGCACCCCCUCUCCUUCUACCUAUUUUCUUCAACCUGUCCCAAUUCGCUCCCAACCUCUUCCCCUUGGACCUAACCUUUUAGAUGUUUGUGCAUCUGAAGUGUUUGGAUAAGCAGUUUAGUGUUGGAGCUUCCACCAUAUUGUUUACACCUUACAGAUCUGAACAUUGAAGACUUAGGACCAACGGGAAUUGGUAGGGAGAGAAUUGGGAAUUGCCUCCCUCCCUGUCCUCCUCUCCAAACAUCAUGCUCAAGGGCAGGUUGACUACUCCACGUCUCCCAUUCACAACGUCCCCAUGAUACCUGGUGAUGCUGCAGUUCUUCCAGCUCGCUCACCAAGCUCGAGUUUCUCUCUCCGCGAAUUCAGACAGACUGAUCAACCGGUGAACCACUUGUUUUUCAAAACUUUGUUCAAAUAUAAUUUCACACAAAAGAUGGACUCUUCCUUCCUUCUGUUUGACAUUGGUCUCUCUACGUAUAUAAAAAUUUUCACACUCACUCACCUGGAUGCACAACUGCCAAAGUUGGAGCCCCACAUACUUCCCUGUUAGAGUAGCUUGAAUAACCUCAGAGGUUUGGGUUAGGGAACAUGAUGUGGAUCUUUAGAUGAUUUUUACUCCCUAGCCACAUUGUUAACAUGAUCCAGAUUCUGAUAGGCUUUUUUUGGUUUGAUGGAACAGAGUUGUUACAUGAAUGAUGAAAUAUGCCUUGAAGAUGCACAAUCUUUCAGGAAAGAGUGAUGCCUAAAUCCUUUGAUUAUUCAGACUAAAAGAAAGACACAAUUUGUUCAAUUUUGCAUUCCAUUCUGUUUUCCGUUUAAGACGAUCAUUUAGUGCUACAGUACUCUAAACAUGAGAUGUUUGAAUUGCAACAAGCCGCUUUCUCUGAAUGUUCUUGUGCUGUAGCUAUUCCACUGUUGUUUGACUUGUUUACUGCCAGUCCCUGGUCUUUUUUCUUCCGGCUUGAGAACGUUCACACACGAAUGUCCUUGAAGGUUUACCUCUUAAGACAAGGCCCGGGACUACAUUCCAGCUCUACAGUGUUUCUUCUCUAGAACACUAUUGUGUCAAAUUUGUUGAAAUGUAAUAUUGUACAGAGUUGACACUUAGGAAUUAGGUUGUCUUUUCAGACGCACCCAUAGUGUGUUUUGUUUUCAGUCAGGGCAGCACGGCAACAACAUCCAUUCAUGAGAUCUGGUUUAUCCCCAGCUGUAUGACAUCUCUGAACAGGGGUGUGUGUCUGUCUGUCUGCUAGUACAAACCGCAAUGUUACAGUGUGGACAGACAAACAAACAGGUUCCAAUCCUUGCACUUUACCAGUAACCUGUGUGUAGUCUGUGCCAAGUGAUUAUUUCGCAAUACAAGACGAGCAUUUUAUUUUGGUUGGAUUAUGGCAUUUCUGAUCUAUUUGAUUGGAUUAUGGUAAUGAGUGGUAGAUACUUUGUCCAUACCUUAGAUAAUAUAUGAAUUCUAUUAGACAAUUAUUGCACCUUUUUAUAACUGGCUUUCUAUCCUUUUCUACUUUUAAUUUGUGUUCUACGGUUUAGGGCCUGUGUUCACAAAUGUCUCAGAAUAUGAAUGCUGAUCUAGAAUCAGGUACUCCCUCUUAUUUGUUAUGAUUUAAAAGGCAAAACUGAUCCUAGAAUAGCAUUCCUGCUCUGAUACGCUUGAUACAUGCGGGCCCUGGCAUCAGUAAAGAAAUCCUACAUUGUCAUGGUGGUUGUUCCAACAAUAAUUUGUUAUGGUAUGGUGUUUACAGUUGCAGUUGUAUGCUUCUGCCCUGACAGAUUUGAGUAUACUCCGUAUGUGAUGAUCUCUUGGCUUAUGAAGUCAAGUUAAAACCAGUCAACUUCACCAAGUUUUUGGUUUGUUGUGGUAUGUCCUCUGUUUUGUUUGUCCUUUUGGUCAGAACCUUGUCUGACAGCUAGGUGGCACCAUAUCACCAGCUGACACUGUUAUAACAUGGGAAUAAUACAUUGCGUGUUCUAACAGCAAGAACAUAUCCUUAGUAUGCACUGACAAUUCCAUUAAGAUGCUGUGUAAUGUUUUGGAAAUGGAAGGAAAAAUGUGCAUGUGUUAUGUAAAAAAUGUUGCUUUGUUGAUCUAUACCAUCGAGUCCUCUUUACCACAGACUUUCCAGUUUUCCACUUCCUGUUAUUUUACAUGUCUGGGUGCCAGUCUGUUUGUGCUAUCAUGCCAACUCCUUUAUCCUAGCCUGCACUUAUCUAUAUCUACAACUGUACUGGGACCUAAUAUUGCACCCUCCUCUAAACCACUUAAUAAUCACUAAUACUCAGUCUUUUCCAGUUUGGAGCAAGCCUGAUCCCACAUCUGUCUGUGCUCUUGUCAAUUCCAUGACUGUCAUUGUCAAGCCAUUGCAAGUGUUUGACAUGAGAAUUCCAGGAGUUGGCAAGAGAGCAGAAACAGGCUUUCACCCAGCUAGUUUGAAGCUAUGCAUUAUGACAUUUGGACCUCUCCAUUUUUGUGUAUGUCUGUUAUUUUGAGAGUUCUAUAUUUGUGAAAUGGUUGUCCCACAUAUGUCAUACAUUCUUCCUUUAAAAACCUGUCUCUUGAUGUGAAACUCGAUGACGCUCUUAUUGAAAGAGUAUGGACUUGUUUGUCUUGCCUUGAGCCAAGCAUAUGACCAACUUAUACUUGUUUUUCCCCUUCUAUUUUUGGUACUUUGAAUGCAAUGAUAUGCUAGAUUUUUAGUGAUACUGAAGAUGGGUAGACCGAGGUUGGCACAAAGGAGAGAUUACUGUUUUCUUUCUUUUGGUAGCUUUAAUCUAACAGUAAAAUGUGUUAUCCAUGUCUCCUUGUUCUUUCUGUCAGUAAAGGUGUGAAUUCUGAUUUUCUCCAUUGACAUCAAUGCAUGACUAAGUGAAAAUGCCGGAUUAGGAAAAGUUAGGAUUCACCCCUAAAUGCAUAUCAAGAGCACAUUUUCAUUCCAUUGUCGAUUGCGAGAUACACCGGGAGAAUCAAAUAACGUAAGUUACAUUUUGAAAGAAACUGUUGUAAGUACGUCAUGUAAAAAAAUAAAUAAUAAUGUCUA